CGGGGCAGGGCAGGGUCCUCCCGGUGCCGAGCGGCCAUUUUUGGCCCGCCGGCCGGUUCUAGGUCCGCCCCUGAAACCACCCCAGUCUCCGCCCUCCGAUCCUGAGCCGCCGCCGGGGCCGCUUCCCACUGCAGGAGCCGGGGCCGCCUCCGCUCCGGAGCGGGACAGCAGCAAAGAUGUUACGUUUCUUUCGACGAACUCUGGGGCGUCGGUCUAUGCGCAAGCAUGUGGAGAAGGAGCGGCUAAGAGAGGCCCAAAGAGCUGCAACCCACAUCCCUGCGGCUGGAGAUGCAAAAUCCAUAAUCACUUGUCGAGUAUCGUUGCUGGAUGGAACUGAUGUCAGUGUGGACUUACCGAAAAAAGCCAAAGGCCAACAUCUGUUUGAACAGAUCAUGUAUCAUCUGGACCUCGUUGAAAAUGACUACUUUGGACUCAGGUUCAUGGAUUCCGCACAAGUGGCACAUUGGUUGGACAACACAAAGAGCAUAAAAAAACAAGUUAAAAUUGGUCCACCAUACUGUCUGCAUCUUCGUGUAAAAUUUUACUCCUCUGAGCCUAACAAUCUCCGUGAAGAGUUAACAAGGUAUUUAUUUGUUCUUCAGCUAAAACAGGAUAUUCUCAGUGGAAAGUUGGAAUGCCCAUUUGACACAGCAGUCCAGUUGGCGGCUUAUACCUUACAAGCUGAACUUGGAGAUUAUGAUCCUGCUGAACAUGUUCCUGACCUGGUGUCUGAGUUCAGAUUUAUGCCCACUCAAACCGAAGAGAUGGAACUGGCCAUUUUUGAGAAGUGGAAGGAAUACAGGGGGCAAACGCCAGCCCAAGCUGAAACUAACUAUUUGAACAAAGCUAAGUGGCUGGAAAUGUAUGGGGUGGACAUGCACAUAGUCAAGGCGAGGGACGGCAAUGAUUACAGCCUUGGACUGACCCCGACGGGAGUUCUGGUCUUUGAAGGUGACACCAAGAUUGGUCUGUUUUUCUGGCCAAAGAUAACCAGACUGGACUUCAAGAAGAACAAAUUAACACUAGUUGUUGUUGAAGACGAUGAGCAGGGGAAGGAGCAGGAGCACACUUUUGUGUUUAGGCUGGAUCACCCCAAAGCCUGCAAACACUUGUGGAAGUGUGCAGUGGAACAUCAUGCUUUCUUCCGCCUCAGGGGACCUGUCCAAAAAGGCUCAAGCCGAUCAAGCUUCAUUCGGCUGGGAUCACGGUUCAGAUACAGUGGGAAAACAGAGUACCAGACAACCAAGACCAACAAAGCUAGAAGAUCAGCAUCCUUUGAAAGGAGGCCCAGCAAGCGAUAUUCAAGGAGAACACUACAAAUGAAAGCAAAUGUUGCUAAACUUGAAGAAACAAGCAUUCCGAACAAUGUCUUACAUCAGAAUGAUGGAUCACAACAAAGCUGGAAUGCAAAGCCGACCCUGCCUGUCAUAAUGACAGUUCCAUCUGACCCAGUCUUAGUGGAAAUAGAAAACUUUCCUAGGAGCCCUGGAGCCAGCCAGCAAGACACAAAAUGGCCCUUUGAUGCUGCUGACUGCCGUCAACGUGGUGGAAGUGUAUGGAACGCAUGGGUCCCGUCCUCGACCCAGUCUGCGGAUAGACACUACACUGAUUUUGUCCAUGAGCGCAAUGUGAAGAAUGCAGGAAUUCAUAGUGAUGCCAUUGGUUAUGCUGUCCAAACUACCGUGACUGAUCUAUGAGACAUUGGCCUUUUUGGAGCUUGAGGCUGUUCUGUAACACAGUCUGAAAUGUUACCUUUUCUGAGUUGUCUCUAAGAUAAGGACAAUGGACACAGAGCUGAUUAGGAAAACUCAGACUUUAUGCCAAGGCUCCUGCAUAUGGUGCUGUUGUAUUGAAUCUUUUAAAGAAAAAAUAGCAUAUACACUACUAGUCUGUUACCCCAGGUAUUCUUGUACUGAAAAGAGUGUGUAUCUUUUUAAUUGUGUUAAGAUUUUUCUUAACAAUUAAAGGAUUUUAGCUGGUUGUAACUCUGAGGACCGCUGCAGGAAUUUGCAUCUGUAACAAAGUUGGGUAUUGCACCUGUGGUAUUAAGUGUGAUUUCAGGAACUGAACUAAAUCAGAGGACCAUCAUUAUGUAUAACUGCCCUUCCUUUUGCACCAUAAUUGUUUGUUUUAAAAAGCAUGUUUCUUGGAAAUUAAAUGAAAUUAUUUUUAUUUUAUUUUAUUUAAAAAAAAGAAACACAAAUCAGAGCCCCGGAAAGGUACAGAGUUGAACUGGGGGAUGGGGGGACAGGGAGAGUAUAUUUUUGAAGGAUGUCUUAACUGCUUAUAUAGGAAAACCAUGUUUCUUCCCCGGUUUUCACUGUAGGGAAGGUUUUAAGACUUUUUUCUAUUAGUGGAACAGCUCAGUCCAUAUCUAUGUGUACACUUAAGAACAGCUCAGUUCCUAAUACACUGAACCAUAGGGUUGAUCCUAUUCCUGUUGUCAGUGUCCUCCUGGCAACACUCCACCCCAGUUUGAAUAAAUACUAUUACUGCUAUUCCAGAAAACAGUUUGCCAUGAGUUUUUUUAGCUCUGUAGUAUUUUGGUUAUUGUUACUAAAAUAACUGGUAUGAAGCAAUAGUUGGGAAAAUGGUCUAACUCUGGGAAAAUACCAUUUUAGUCUCUGUAAUUGUCAGGGUAAGUUUACCUCAUAAAUGGAAACAUUUUGAACAGUCUGAAGUAAGAGAUGUGCACAUAUGUGAGGGAGAGAGAGUGAGAGAAGGAUCUUAGGCUUGGUCUAUGCACAGACUUACGUUGGUAUAACCGAGUCACUCAGAUGUGUGAAAAAUCCACAGCCCUGAGAGAUGCAAUUGUACCGAUUGAAUCCUGAUGUAGACAGCAAUGUGUCAACAGGAGUGCUGCUCCUGUCAACAGAGCUACUGCCUCUUGGGGAAGUGGAGUUCCUAUGCCGAUGGGAGAAGCUCUCCUGGUGGUGUAGGUUAUGUCCUUAUUACACGCUGCAGCACUGUAUAUAUAAACUUGCUCCUCAUUUAUAGUUGUCAAUACAAUGUUCUAUCAUGUUAGAUCACAGAUUUUCUUUCCUUUUUUGGCCAUUGUCUCUACCCAGAGGUCUGCUACAUGGUCCUUCUCACCUGAUUUAGGAAUGGGAUCUGUGGGCUCUGAAUGUCAUGCCAUACAUGGGCUAAGGGGAGUUUGCCAAACUACAAGGUCUAUAGAUGCCUCUUUGUUCUCCAUUCUGCCAAAAGAGGACAUUUCCCCCUUAAAAAUUGCAAUGGACCUUCUGUUGUUUGUGGUCUUGCAAUUAGGAAAUACACUUCUUAAAAAGUCACUUACUGACAUCUGAACCAAUAACCCAGUUCACUGGCUUAGGGAGAAUCUUGAGCUUGCUCUAACUUUGUUGGUUUUAUAGCCAGAUGAUGCUGCAGUUUGGAGUCUCAGAAUUCACACUAGACCAGGAGUGGGC